UCCCCUUCCUCCGAUAAACCCUCAGUCCCUCACCAAUCCGUUGCCUCCCAGUGCGCCGUCGCCGUCAUCGUCAUCGUCACCGUCGGCGUCGCCACCCCAUCUUCUCAGACGCAGAACCAGUUGCCAGUUGUCCGCCGUUCCUUCUUCUCACACGGCAGAACCGGUUGCAUGAAGUUGUUGCUCCUUCACCGAUUGUUGCCACUCCUUCACCGGUCGCCAAUUCGUCUCCGCUCCGCCACUCCUCUGGCCUCUUUUCUGUGCUUCCUUUCCAUCGUCGGCGCCGUUCCUGGCCAUGUCAGCUGUCACCAUUUACUAACCGGUUCCAGGGAAUAAAUUGUCUAACACUAUAACAUCUUUGAUGGUUAGGGAACCGAUCUGACAUUUCCAUAUCAUUGAAAGAGGUUUAGUCAUUCGAAAAAAUGGGAAAACAAAAGCAAUUACAAUCUUGUUGAGCCACAAGAUGCAUGGUGAAGGUGCACCUGUUUGAGCCAUGCUACCAAUAGCAACUGCAUUGCACCCAAACACCCAAAGCUUUGAACAACACUACCGGAACCUUUGCAACACGCUCCUGUCCCUCACCUAUUCUCGCUCCCUUCCAAAGGGGCUUCAGCUCCACGCCCAUAUCCUUAAGACUGGCCUCAAUUCCAUUCCUCUCCUCUCGCAUCACCUUAUUAACUUCUACUCGAAAACUUGCCUCCCCCACUUCUCCCACAAAGUGUUUGACGAAAGUCCCCAUAGAACCUCCACCACAUGGAGCUCCUUAAUCUCUUCUUUCGCCCAAAACGAACUCCCAUUGCUUGCUCUACACUCAUUUCGCCGCAUGAUCCUUAAUGGGAUCCGUCCAGAUGACCACACCUUCCCCAGUGCCACCAAGUCGUGUGCCAUAUUGGGCAAUCCCCACAUCGGGGAAUCAGUGCAUUGUCUCGCCCUCAAGACUUGGUAUGUGGUUGAUGUGUUUGUUGGGAGUUCCAUUGUUGAUAUGUAUGCCAAGUGUGGCAAAAUUUGGUGUGCGAGAAAGGUUUUCGACGAAAUGCCCGAACGAAAUGUUGUUUCUUGGAGUGGGAUGAUAUAUGGGUAUGCGCAGAUAGGUGAGGAUGAGGAGGCUCUCGGAUUGUUUAAGAGGGUGAUGGGUGAGAAAGAUGUUGGGGUUAAUGAUUUUACUUUGUCUAGUGUUUUAAGGGUUUGUGGAGGCUCCACAUUGCUUGAGUUGGGGAAGCAAGUACAUGGAUUGUGCUUUAAGACAAGCUUUAAUUCAUCGUGUUUUGUGGGGAGUUCAUUGAUUUCUUUGUACUCUAAGUGUGGGGUUGUGGAAGGAGCUUACCAGGUUUUUGAGGAGGUGAAGGAUAGAAACCUUGGCAUGUGGAAUGCAAUGCUGAUUGCAUGUGCUCAGCAUGCCCAUACAAGUAAAACAUUUGAGCUUUUCAUGGAGAUGGAGAGUCUUGGGAUGAAGCCUAAUUUCAUAACUUUUUUGUGCAUGCUCUAUGCUUGCAGCCACACUGGGUUGGUUGAGGAGGGCCAGUAUUACUUUGAGAUGAUGAGAGGCUAUGGCAUUGAACCAGGGGCACAACAUUACUCCACAUUGGUGGAUUUGCUUGGCCGUGCCGGGAAGUUGCAGGAAGCAGUUCAGGUGGUUCAAGAGAUGCCUAUGCAUCCAACAGAAUCUGUCUGGGGAGCUUUGUUGACAGGUUGUAGAAUACAUGGGAACACUGAAUUGGCAUCCUACGUGGCUGAUAGACUUUUUGAGUUGGGCUCAUUGAGCUCAGGCGUUCAUGUAUUGCUCUCUAAUGCUUAUGCUGCUGCUGGUAGAUGGGAGGAAGCGGCAAGGGCAAGGAAGAUGCUGAGGGAUCAAGGAAUAAAGAAGGAAACUGGUUUGAGUUGGGUGGAGGAAGGGAAUAAAGUUCACACAUUUGCCGCCGGGGAUAGGUCUCAUGCAAAGACCACGGAAAUCUAUAAGAAGUUGGAGGAGUUAGGAGAAGAAAUGGAGAAGGCUGGUUAUGUUGCAGACACAUCUUUUGUGCUGAAAGAGGUGGGAGGCGAAGAGAAGAAUGAGACUAUAAGGUAUCAUAGUGAAAGGUUGGCCAUAGCAUUUGGCCUCAUUACUUUCCCGAAGGAGCGACCAAUCAUAGUGAUGAAGAAUCUGCGUGUCUGUGGCGAUUGCCACACUGCAAUCAAGUACAUUAGCAAGUGCAGUGGGAGGGUGAUCAUUGUGAGGGACAAUAACAGGUUCCACCGAUUUGAGGAUGGGAAAUGCACUUGUGGAGAUUAUUGGUGAUCAUAAUGAUGCUGAGUGACAUUAGAAUACUGAUAACAAAAUUGGAGCAGUUCAAGACUAUAAUUCAUCGUUCUUGAUGAACCGUCUUGUUGUUUGAACAUUUUCAUCCUUUAGUGGUAAGUUUCCUCUUUGCUUGAGAACAUUACCAUCCAGCUUAGUUCCAAAGGAUCUAUGUAGCAGCGUCCAGCGGUUUCCGAUUUUUGAUUGCAUGGAGUCAUGGACAAGACAGCAAUUGUAUGCUGUAGAUUGAUCAAAUGUUUCCUUUACUAUUAUUAUUUUUACUCCUCAAUUUCGCUGAUCAGAUUCAUAAAUUCACUUGAAAUCAAUUAAUUACUCUGCCAUUUCAAUAGUUUACAGCUUCUUAGCAAUUGUUAUCAAUUGUCUUAGUAAUCAACAAAAAGUCUCGGCAUGAAUGAAUCAUUCAACUACUCAUACAAUUACCUUUACAUAGCAUACUAUUUGCAUCCUUAUUCAACUACUCAUGUACUUCUCUCUUCUGUGGUUGGACAGAGCAGUGGAUAGUGGAUACUCAGGUAUGAUAUUCAGGCUUCCAUACCCUAGUCUAGCUACUUUUUGCAUUAAUUGUAAGAAAUAAGAAAUUUGCCUAUUGUCUUAUUGACCACUUUCUUUAUCAAACCUUCCUUAGUCGUUUUAUUCAUAGGAUUGGACCAUAAAUAUUUUCAAUGUAGUUAAGCCAAAGUCUGUUUCACGCUUAAUAUGUUCUACUAUUAGAUACAAUUUCUAAUAAUGAUAUUCCAAUUGAUUUACAAAAAGGUUAAAAAUAAGUAUCUGGUUUAUAAUAAAUUCAAAUAUUCCUCAAUUAUUUGUUAUCACAUAAUUGUACAUGUCCAAGAAUCUGUUAGUUAAGAUAGGAUUUUUAUCAUCUUUCUGUUAUUAAAUUUUUUGUAUAUUUUAUUUGUUUUCAUUUCCUUCUAAGCUAUGCAUUGUGGCCAGCAUCUCUAUAUAUGUGUAUAAUUUCUUUUCAUCAAUUAUUGCAUCUAUAUUCUUUGCGUCUUCUUUGCUCUUUUAUGGUAUCAGAGCUCCACUCAGGGGGUCUGCUGAUACCUUCACCAUGGUAAAAAACACUACGCACAUCUACUCCUUCUACACCUGGCAGCAGUGUUCUCACUGACCCAGUCUUCUUCUGCACUCAUCCUACUAAGACUCUGUCCACAUGUCAUCCCAGAUAUUUGGGUUGUCCAUGGUUUGUCGCGCAAGGCACAAUGCCCUCCGUUAACACCGAUGCUGUCGUGCCUCAUUCUUCUGUCAGUGCCGCCGUCAUGACAUGUCUUGCUCGGUGUUUAACUUCCAAUACAAAGGGUGACCUACAAGUACAUGAGCCUUAUUUUACACCAACCCAACAACAAGCUCUCUUGUACCUCUGAAAACUAAUGUUUCUAACUCUUUGGACACCACCAAGCCCACAAAACCAUCUUGCUUCUCGAUCAGAUCCAUCAGAGGCCAAGUUUGGUAGUCCAUUUUCACAAAUCAAUCAUGUAUAUUCUUUUAAUAUUUCUGAUUUCAUUACACAUAAUUGUUUUUCAGUUUCUUCAAUAAUGGUUCAUGAAUUAUUGAUUCUGGUGCCAUAUAUCACAUAACUUCUUCACUAAAAUGUUUUCACACUUAUCAUAAAAUAUCCUGUUUAUUUUCAUCUUUCAAGUAGUUGUGAUAGAAACAGGUUUGGCUUGGUUUAUAGGAGGAAAGGUACGGAGUUGAUGGGAUGAUUUUCACUGCUUAAUUCCUAAUUGUUGCAGACUGGCUGUUUGUUGGUCCUUUUAAACUAGUUUAGCAGGUUUAGGAGCAGUAGUGCUAGGCCUAGCUGCUGCCUAUAAAUGCUAGAGGUUAGUUAGUUUUCAGUUAGUUAGAAAAUUCUGUAAAAGUGUGUUAUUUCAGGAGAUGAAAAUUCUCUCUAGUAAUUGAGGAAAACUCUGCACGCCAAUAGGGAUUGUGAUUUACAAUCCCUAGUUCAUCAAUAAAACCCCCUAAUUUUGCUAGUUCCUUGAUCCUAUCAAAUUGUCAUGUUAUUCUUGGUGCUGUUGCUUUCUCACAAUCUCACCUAAACUCAUUCUCAUGUCAUUCAUGUUAUUCUCGUUUUAAAGUUAAUAUUCAUGUUAUCUCCACUCUCCCUUGUCAAUUACUAUUUUCGGAUGCAUUUUGCAAAUUACAGGAUGCGAGAUUGUUGAGGACAAUUGGUUUGGCUAAACAAAAGGAAGGAUUAUAUUAUCUCAUUGUGAAUGCUAUGAAGGACAAACCCACAACCACAUUAGGUCCCAACUUAUUAAAUAAUGCCAUUACCACACCAAUGAAACAAAAAUAUAUGCAACAUUUCAGGUUCUGGCGGUGGAAAAGAGCAAAAGAUGUACAAUGCAUGAUGAGUUGGGACAGGGUAGCCGGUAGCGUCUCCGCAAGAUGUCUGUUGACAUUCGCAAUGAGGGUUCUCCAACUGAUUGGAUUUCCGAUGAAAUUCUUGCACAACUCAGGGAGUAUUGGGCUAUGGAGGAAUACGGAGAUACGAAGUCCAAGUUCAAGUCCAACGCAGAAGAGUCGUUGCACACUUGUGGCUCCAUUACGUAUGUGGCCACAACAAAAAAAUGGACGCUUUGAGGAGAACAUGGCGAAAGCCACCGAUGAACGUGCCACACAAAUUGCUGCAAGGGUCAUAGAAUCGCCCUCGAUUUGAGAGGAGGUGGGGACACAGACGGUUGGUGUAUGAAUUUGGAUGUGUCAACACUCAACACCACUACUACACCACGAUUCUAUGAUGCAGCUGGGACACCAGAUGACCUAUGCAUCGCCAAUGAACCGGAAUUGGAGCAGCACAGGACGAGGUAUGAAGAGAUGGAGGCACGCUACCAUUAAGAGUGGGACGAGUGGAGGCAGACUCAUCAGAGACAGCUAGAGGAGAUCACUCGCCUCCAGCACAUGGUUGACACACAAUAUGAAGAGUUCACUGAUUUGAAGAGCGCCAGAUGUCAGAUCUACAACUUAAUGCAAUCGAUGCAGAAUUGCAGAGGCAGAGCGGCUCUUCCAGCAAUGUUCCUAUGCCCCUUCCACCUUCUUUCAUGCCCACCGGUGCCUCACAGUUGCUGCAAGCCGGCGAUCCACUACCACCACCACCACCUUGAUGCCUUGGCCAUUGGUAAAAAGUGAUAGCCUUGUAGUGUUACUCCAUUAUUUUUCAUAUAUGGAUGUUUAGUUGAGUUUUGAUAAGCCUAUUUUACAAUAGUUUUUUGGUUUGUAAACAGUUUAUUAUUAAAUGUUAGUAUGUUACGUACUAAGU